CCAUAGAGGAGGCCUUGCAUUCGUAGCUUACACCACGCAUCAUACUAGAUUUCUACCCUUCACCCAGAUCCUUUUACUUUUCAUCAUUAUCGUCCAUAAAACAUCAUGGAACAGGAAAUAGAUGGGUGGAUUGCGCAACUCAGUCAGUGCAAACAGCUGACGGAAGCCGACGUGAAGCGAUUAUGCGACAAGCAUAUUCAUGCUGAGGACGUUUGCAAUACCUAGACGCGGGAGAUCUUAAUGGAAGAGUCAAAUGUGCAGCCUGUGAAGUGUCCUGUAACCGUAUGCGGUGAUAUUCAUGGUCAAUUUCAUGAUCUUUCAGAAUUGUUCCGUAUUGGCGGCAACUCGCCCGACACCAAUUAUCUCUUCAUGGGUGACUAUGUUGACCGAGGAUAUUACUCGGUCGAGACCGUCACCCUCUUGGUCGCGCUGAAGCUGCGCUACCGCGAUCGCGUAACGAUCCUCCGCGGAAACCACGAGUCGCGACAAAUCACGCAAGUGUAUGGAUUCUACGACGAGUGUCUCCGAAAAUACGGUAACGCAAACGUCUGGCGGUACUUUACCGACCUCUUCGACUAUCUACCCCUCACGGCUCUCAUCGAGAACCAGAUCUUCUGCUUGCACGGCGGUCUUUCACCUUCAAUUGAUACCCUUGACCACGUGCGGUCGAUAGAUCGGGUGCAAGAAGUACCUCACGAAGGCCCAAUGUGCGACCUGCUAUGGUCGGAUCCCGACGAUCGAUGCGGCUGGGGGAUAUCACCAAGAGGGGCUGGCUAUACGUUUGGGCAGGACAUCAGUGAGGCCUUCAACCAUAACAAUGGCUUGACGCUGGUCGCUCGAGCACAUCAACUUGUUAUGGAGGGCUAUAACUGGGGUCAAGACAGGAAUGUCGUCACCAUCUUCUCAGCACCAAAUUACUGCUACCGCUGUGGUAAUCAAGCAGCGAUCAUGGAGAUUGAUGAAAAAUUAUCCUACAGCUUCCUACAAUUCGAUCCUGCGCCGCGCGCUGGAGAGCCUCUCGUUUCACGGCGUGUGCCGGACUAUUUCCUGUGAUUAUAUUCUUUGUUACACUCAUCGGACUUGCUCUCUGCCCUCGGUGUCAUACAGUAUCGUCACAUACAUACAGCACCCCGUAUAUGUACAUCGUGUAUCCUCAAAUCAAGAACUAUACCUCCUUUCGUUUUCUUGUAAUAUUCUGAUUUUGGGGUAGACGUCUCUGACCGGAAUGCAAUGUCAAAUUUCUUUUUUAUUCAACUCCUUUUGAUGAGCCUAGAGAGAACUGGGCGUGCAUGAUUCAACCC